AUGGGUUGUACUGCGAAAGUUACCAUGCCCUUAUUAAGUACGUUGGCUGCUUUGGUGAUAAUAGUACACACUGCUGAAGAAAACUACGAGCUGAGCUAUCGUGAGACACUUCCGAGAAUUGUGGACGUAGAACCACAUAGUUAUGGUCAGUUAUGGAGCGCUGUAGAAGUAGAACCAGCGAUUAUGCAUAAUACUCAACAAAAUCAAGAUGGCUGGAGUGAUGCGAGUCCCGACCAACCGAUGCGACGAAGAAGGCGCAAACGUAAACGACGACCACAGUUAUCUCCACAAAACGAACUGCAAAUUCAGGAUACCCAGAUAUUUCAAAACGAACCUCAUGUACAACAAGAUACUGUAGAAAUGACCCGAAGACGUAGAAAAAAAGUUAACUAUCACGAUACGGGGGAACUUAAUCUACCUGGCCAAUUGACUGAAGAUAUUCCCAAUAAACCGUUGAGAAGGAGAGGUCACAGACGAAAGAGACCAUUGGUAGAACAUCGACCGGAGUUGAACGAAUUUAGUGGAAAUCGGCCGGACACUAAAGUAAAUAAUGAACAUACUGAAACACAAAGCACUAACGUUUUUGAAAAUAAAAAUGUGAACAACGAAGAACGCAUAAUAGUUGAACCCGAAAUUCAAGAGGAUCAUGAAAAUGAAAAUUUUGAAGAGAAAAUAACCCAAGUGAAUAUAGUCGAUAAUAAAUCAGAACAAGAAAAAGUAGAAUAUGAAAGCUAUUUGCCAAAAGAUAAGUCCCUUUCAGAAUUUUCAUCUGAAUUAUUAAGAACAACGCAAAGUUCUAAUAUACAUAUGUUAAAAACCAAACCUAAGAUAUUUGAUAAAACUAUAAGUGUAACUAAUGAUGUCAAUGAAUCACAGGAAAAAGAACUAUUAGAUCCAGUUACUCUGAAAGCAUUGUUAAAAAAAUCAAACGGUAAAAGUCUGAGUGAAAUAUUACAACAAAAUAAUUUAUCUCUAUCAGAUUUACUUCAUGGUAAAGCAAAAGCUUUGUCAAUUCUACAGACGACCGAUCUGUCUGAUACCAAAGAUACAAAACAAACUGAAUUGGAAAAUAAAUUUUUAAAAGUCACUAUCGCACCUAUCGAUAAUGUACAAUCAAUUGUAACUGAUGAAAAGAAUGAAGACGCAAGCAUUAUAACUGAAGUAAAACAUGAACAUGAUAAUAAAGAAAAUGCAGAUGUUGACGACUGCUCCACAACAGAGACAAAUUUGGAUAAUAAGGAAAAUACGAGCGAAAAAACAAAUUCUAUAAAAGAGGACUUAAAAAAUUCUGCUAUAACCGAUAAUAAAAUUAAAGAUAAUUUAAGGCGUCGUUUUCCAGUAGGUGCACGGCGAAGACUACGAAUGAGACCCACAACUAACAGUACUAACAAAGUGCAAUUCAAUAGGGACCUUAUAAUGUCAACGUCAUUAAAAUAUAAAAAUAAUAGAAAUAUGAGCAAAUCGAAAGAAUGGAAAGAAGUUGUAGCCACAAUGUUACGAAGGAGACCAACAUUUAAAGAAGUUAAUAUAGAACCUAAAUCAGAUAGUACUAAAAUAACUACAGUUAUUGUUGCACCAGAAGAAACGACUACUGAAGAAAUAUUCGAAACAACUACUGAUCCUUAUUCCCUAUUAACAAACACAGAGACAACAAUUUAUACAGAUAAUACAGAAACUUUAAACACUGCCGAUUCCAGAAUAUCUAAUAUUAUACCAGAAAUACCAUCACCUACAGAUACAACUAUUGAAGAUGAUGGUAUAACAGAAAAAGUACCAUUAUAUGAAAAGACAAAUAUUUCACCAGUUCUGAAGCCAUUAGUUAAUUCCUCAGAGUUAAGGAGGCACGCUUACAACAAUAGAUUAAAAAGAAAGAGGUUAAAACAAAAAGUAGUAAGCACAGAGGAACAUGAAAUAAAAGAUAUUUUUGGUGAUACAAAUUUUGUUUCAGCAUCUGAAUUUAUUGAGAAAGUUCAAACCAAAGCAACAAUACCGGAUAGUGAAGAAUACACGACGUUAGAAGAUUUUAUGACUACUGAGCCUGUACAGAAUGCACAAACUACUCCAAUCAGAUCUACAAAAACAUCAAUAAAAACUACAACAACCACAAUUUCUACAACAGAAAGUGCUCCAGAUUCCACUGAAGAUUCUGCUAAAUAUGAAAUUGAAGAAAUACUCAAUGACAGUAUGACUAGCGAAAGACUUUCAAAAAUACUGAAAGAGAGAAAUAUGACUUUAAGUGAGUUAGUCGAACAUAGAGAAAGAGGAUCAAGCCACGUUCACUUAGCAGAUAUAUUUCAUAAUGCCUCGAAAGAACCAAAUCCACCUGAACCAUUUUUAUCCAAAUCACUAAUCGAACCGAUAUCUAGAGAAAUAUAUCCUUUAAGAGCUCUAUUAGACGCGAACUUGCACGAUCCUAAGACUACAACUUACGAUGCCAAUUCAGUUCUAACAAAUAAUCUCGAUAUUCCUGUAGUAAUGGACUUUGGAAAUAAUGUUAAUGAAAAUGGAGAGAAUAUGGGGAUCAUUUCAUUAUUUAAUAAUUUUAGUAAAAUUAAUAGCGAGAUGCAAAAUAAUAAGGAAAAUAAACAUGAAUAUGAUAAAAUAUAUAGUAAUAAUUUAAACAAAAACGAAAAGGGAAGGGAAGGUCGUACGUUAAGUUCUGAAAAAGAUGCAAUGACUUUGAAUGAUCUGAUAAAAUUUAUGCAAAAGAAUAAUCAGAAAGGAAAUAUAAAUGUUGACACACUUAAAACAGAAAGUUCACCUACCUAUGAAAACCUUAAGAACAUAAAAUUAGAAGAUAUUGACAAUGAUGGUUUAAUUGUAUUAGAAGAUUUGCAAAAUUUGAAAAAUUUCGAUAGCAGACCAUCUUCUGACGAGUUGUUGGAUAUAAAACUUUAUAAAAAUAAUGAAACUCCAGCUAAAACGCCAAUAGAGUCUUCAUUAAACUCAACAACAAAGUCCGUGACUGUAGCCACUGUUACAAUUAUUGGACUGGCUUUAACAUUAUUUUUGUUAACAUAUAUUGUAUUGAAAUGGAAACAAAACAGCAAAAGUUAUCACAAUAAGCAUUCAAAAGAAGACAAAUGUGUACCUACUCCUAUUUUUGAAAAUAGAAAAACUCAUAAAAGAAAUAGUAGCACCCGCAGUAAGAGUCCAAUGAUUUCCUCUAACAUAUAUACAAUAGAUUCUUUGGACACACAUACAGGCAAUGAAUCACCAGAAUACAUGUGGGACACAUUGAGAAAGCCAUUUCAA